AUGUGUGGUGGUUUUGUCAUCUCUGAUUUCAUAGAACUUCAUAUCAAGAAUGCUCCAGAAUCCACCACCCAUCACCUCUUCUCUCAGCUCCACACUUUCAAUGCCACCUCUUCUUCCACACUCAACAAAGUGGAGGAGACAUGUGAGAAGGUCAAGAAUAGCAGAGUAAUUGCAGAGAAGGGUGAUGCACUAGUACGGAAGAAUACUCACAAAGGAAUCAGGCGAAGGUCGUGGGGCAAGUGGGCUGUGGAAAUAAGGGAUCCACGCAAGGGCGUUCGCAUGUGGCUUGGCACCUUCGCCAUUGCAGAAGAAGCCCCACGCGCCUACGCUGCCGUCGCCGUACGCAUCCGUAGAGAUAAGGCUAGGCUCAACUUCCUCGAGCAUCACCGCUGCCCACCCAACAUGAACAACAACCCAUGCCUCAGCCCCGAGUUGACUUAA